CCUGGUAUCGGGUUGUCAGCUGCCGGGUCCGCCGAGGGAUGCUGGAAAGGGUAUCUUAAUCGCCUUCCGCCGUUGUGCUACCUAUAAAGGUGGCUCGGUAGCGAAAGGGAAGAAAACGAAACCGAUCGCUAGUAUCUGUCACCACCUUCAUCCGAAGUCAUUCGGACUGUUCGCAUUUCCUCCCGUGACCUGUCGCCCAACCGAAUUGCCCCAGCGUUCUCAUCGUUAACAAUGUCUGCUUCUCUCGCACCCGAGUGCAACGAAGUCAAGGAACGGUAUGAUACAUGUUUCCUAAAGUGGUACAGCGAAAAAUACCUCCGCGGGAACGGGAAGGCAGACGACAACGAGUGCUCGAAACUCUUCAAAGACUACCAGAAGUGUCUUCAGGUCGCUCUGAAGGAACGGGGUAUAGACAAGCUUCUCGACGAGGCGCGGGAAGACAGCAGGGAGAGCGAUGCUCUCCACAUGAAGAGGAAAUGACAAGCUCACAGUGCGUAGCCAAGAAUCGUACAUCGGCAGGGCGAUGAUCAUGACGAGAGUGGUGGCCUUGUCCCACCACGCAGCAGAGAUGCCGAGCUUCCGGAUGGCACCAUCGA